UCCUCGGCCUUUCAGGUAGAGCCCGGAAGAUGGCGGCGGUGGCAGCAGCGGCUGAGGAAGGAAGGGUCCCUGGAGCGGCGGUGGCGGCGGCUUCGUGAGGCCUCCUCUCCGGCGGGAACCGAUGCCGAAGGGCUGAGGCGCCGAGGGCUCGCUUGGGAGGGAUGCGGCGGCGAUGGAGCCCCGCGCUCGGGCUCUUCCUCCUCCUCUUCCUCUUGGCGCUGGGGCUCGGAGGCGGAGAGGCGGCCCCGCUGCCCCAGGAAGAAGGGACAGGGGAGGUGGAAGCGGCGGAAGUUCCCUUCUCACUGGUGACUCUCUCUGCCUGCAGCCUAAUAGUCCUAGUACUACUACUUGUGAACUGUGUUUCCUGUUGUAAAGAUCAAGAGAUAAACUUCAAGGAAUUUGAAGACAAUUUUGAUGACGAAAUAGACUUCACACCACCUACAGAAGACACCCCAUCUGUUCAGUCUCCGGCAGAAGUGUUUACCCUUACAGUCCCAAACGUUUCUUUACCAGCUCCAUCACAGUUCCAGCUUCCUACAGAAGCACUGAAAUCUCAAGCUGCUCGUCAGAAUUUGAACUACAUUCAAGAAAUUGGAAAUGGCUGGUUUGGAAAGGUUCUGCUUGGGGAGGUUUACACUGGCACCAGUGUGGCAAGAGUCGUCGUGAAUGAAUUGAAAGCAAGUGCUGGCCCCAAAGAUCAAGAACGAUUUUUGAAGCACGGAGAGCCUUAUCUAAUUCUUCAGCAUCCUAAUGUCCUCCAAUGCACAGGGCAGUGCGUGGAAGCCAUCCCCUACCUUUUGAUUUUUGAAUUUUGCGAUUUGGGUGACCUAAAAACGUAUCUUUGCAAUGAACAAGAGAACAUUAAAGGAGAUGCGCAAAUAAUGUUGCUGCAGAGGAUGGCAUGCGAGAUUGCUGCCGGUCUCUCCGUAAUGCAUAAGCAUAAUUUUGUGCAUGGAGAUUUGGCCUUAAGGAAUUGCUUCCUUACAUCUGAUCUAAAUGUAAAAGUUGGAGAUUAUGGAAUAGGAUUCAGUAGGUAUAAGGAAGAUUAUAUUGAAACAGAUGAAAAGAAACUUGUGCCUCUUCGAUGGACUGCACCAGAGCUGGUGACUAGCUUUCAGGAUAGGCUAUUAACAGCUGAGCCAACGAAGUACAGUGACAUCUGGUCACUAGGUGUAACACUAUGGGAACUUUUCAGCAAUGCUGCAAAGCCUUACUCUGAUUUAUCUGAUGAUGAGGUCUUGAUGCAGGUCAUAAAAGAAAAACGGACCAAGCUCUUGGAACCAUGUCUUGAACAGCCAUAUUCUGAUAGAUGGUAUGAAGUUCUGCAGUUCUGCUGGUUGUCACCAGACAAGAGAGCAACAGCAGAAGAGGUACAUAAGCUUCUAACGUAUCUCCGUAUGCAAAGUCAAAGGGAUACGGUGAUUGAUCCUGAACACUGGAAUGAUCUCAAGCCAAAUACUUCAAACAGAGAGUCUUCAAGUAACUCUGCCUUCCCAAUCCUGGAUCAUUUCCCAGGGAAUAGGUUUGGCCAUGAGUUGGAAGAGGUCCUCACGGUAACUGAAACGAGUCGAGGACUCAAUUUUGAAUACAUCUGGGAGGCAGCCAAACAUGAUCACUUUGAAAGCCAGGCAGAUCCUGAUGAAAGGAUGAGUUACACAAAUAUCUUCUUCCCCGUGGAGGUGUUCGAGAACACGCUCACAGAGCAAGGGCCAGGAGCUCAAGAUGAAAGUGGGCAGGAGGUUGCACUACGUGUGUCUGGAGAACUUCCUGUGUUCAAUUCCCAUAAGCCUUCUGUUGGAAAUGAUUAUUACAUCCAAUUGGAAGAGAAGAAUGGAUGCAACAGUAUAAACUAUGAUAGCCAGGCUGCCGUAUUGACAACAGAACUGGACAGCCACGAGGUUCUAAAGGACAAGAAUACUAGUUUCAUGGUUCUUAAGGACUUUACUGCUGAAUCUACUACAGAUGGGGAUUUUGUGUAUAAUUCAGAUCCCAAGGAAGGACUACACAUUAAUGGCUCUGAAAACUCUUUCCAGAAUACAUUUAGUGAUGUCACCAGAACAGAACAAUUGUCCGAUGCUAGAAAUAGAUUUGAAUUAGCUGAUCUAAAGGAUAUUCAUGUGGCACUUGAAUCAGUUUCAUAUUCGGAUUUGGAGGAAUCUAAACCUGAUCACCCCGAGAACGGAAGUCCUAGAGUCACUUUUGAGCAUGAGAACCUUUCCUUGCUUGGGGACACUAUACAGACUGAUCUUCAUUUGUUGACUUCAGAAGAGCUGUCUGAUAACUAUCUUUUUCUUCAAGAAAAGCAUUUAUUAAAGGGGGCCCUGAGUAACAAAGCUGCUGCAGCUGGUGAUGAUAAUUUCAGAAGUGCGUUGGACAACACUAAUAUGCUAGAGUCACCAAAUACAGAUCCUUUGGGAGUUGAACUUACUUUGGGGGUUACUGGAAAUACUUCUCUCCACAAAGAUGAGCAUUUUGUUCAAAUAGGUACAGAUAAAAACACAAGUGUUCCUGCUGACUCCCUUGUGCAAAGCCAGCUGCAUUCUAGCUCACCAGUAAUGGAUGUGCAGCACACAUCCCCCUUAUCAAAAGUGGAAAAGACCCUUUCUAAAGUAGGAGUUGAUAAUAACUCUCUCUGCACUACGGAUUACUCUCGCCUUGGAAUGGAUCACUCCCCUGAAACAGACUUUAUUGAAACACUACCCACAAAUGCCAAAACUCAAAUUGAUGGGACCAGUCCCUCUGGUAGCCCUAUGCUCCAUGCACAAGAAGGAGAAAGACAGGGAGACAACCAGGAACCUAAAAAGGACAGUAGUUGUUGGGGAGAGUUGAUAGUAGCUGUUGAGGAGGAUAAGCAGUUUGGACUGGAACAAGAUGAUGCUUAUCCUCUGGAUGAAAAUGAUGACACUUUUGCUCAGGUCCAAAGACAUAACACAGAGGAUCUCAUCAAAGAUGUUACUCUUUUGUCUGUUCUUCCUUCAGAUCGUAUAAGUCAUGACAGUCUGUUGGAAGACAGUUUAUCUUCUCCUGCCCAAAGCACUGGGCAAUCUGUAGAUACACCAGACUCAUUAGAUUCUUUAGAUGUGAAUGAGGUCUUGGUGUCUUUAGUGGGUCAGAAACUUUUGCCACCUGAUAAACCUGCUGAUAGCGGCUAUGAAACGGAAAAUCUGGAGUCUCCUGAAUGGACUUCACAUCUAAUUGGUAGCAACUCUAGUGAAGAGACUGCUUUGUCUGGUGCUGCUGCUGGUGACCAUCUAUUGCAUGAUAAUCCCAUGAUAAUUGUUUCAUCUGAUGGAAAUGCUGACUUGGAUGCUGCACAAAUCAUGGAUGGGUGUGAAGAAGUCUCCAAGAUGACUUUUGGUGGCAUUCAGAAUUCAUACAGAGAUUCUGCGUAUUUUUCUGAUAAUGAUUCUGAACUAGAUAAGAAGUCUGAGGUUGUAAAUAUAUCAAUAGAACCAAAAGUAUUUCUCGAGGCUGGUGCUAGCAAGAACUGUUUUGAAGUGGUAAAGAAUGAAAAUACCGAAAAUGGGCCAAAUGGCAAUAGGAUAGUUGACGACCAGUUUUCUAAUAACUCAUGCCCACAGUUAGAAUUGGAUGAGAGGUUAGAGGGCCCUAAGACUGAUGAAACAAAGCUGGGAUAUUGUCAUAAAGGUAGUAACACCACUUCACUGCUUCCUGUGGUGGAAGUGGAACCUACUUCUGAUGAUGAAGUGGAAAUAUACGAGGAAUCCUUUAUAAACGUUUCUUGCGCAGGCACUAAUACAGCAGACUUUCUCCAUGAGAGAGACCUAAAACUCACGCCAACAGAAAUCUAUGAAAAAUCCUUACUCUGCCAUCUUGAAGGUCACAAAUUGAAAGAACCAGAUGUUGAAGGAAAAUAUCUUGGUAAACUUGAUGUUUCUGAAAUUCUCAGUCUGUCGUUGGAUGGUGAUGAUGCUGAUGAGGAAGAUGAAAAUAGUGAUGAUUCAGAGGACGAUAUGAGAACUUUCCAUCUCCAUGGGCUUAGCUCUGACAGCGAUGAGGAAAUUGUGCAUCAGGUACCAGUGAUUCUAACUGACAGGGAUGAUGGCAGGCAUUUAAGGAGCUUGUUGAAACGCCCAAAGCAAAUGGAACAGAACAGCCCAGCUGAAGACGUUCUGAGGAAUGAGAGAAAAGCAGUCACAUUCUUCGAUGAUGUCACCGUUUACCUUUUUGAUCAGGAAACACCAACCAAAGAGCUUGGUAAUCGUACCACAGAAGCAAACCACUCAGACUCUAGUAAUUCUCCUGCUCCGGCUUCAGGUCUUGGCUACUUGAAUAAGUUUACAAAUUCAGAAAGCUCUACUGAUGAAGAAGGUGGAGGCUUUGAGUGGGACGAUGACUUCUCUUCUGCAGAGUCCUCUUUUAUAUCGAAAGCUGCAAAUAGCCUCAUUAGCUCCAAACCUCCUCUUCAGACCUCAAAGUACUUCUCUCCACCUCCGCCACCUCGAAGCCCUGAACAAAACUGGUCACACCCAUUACCUUACUCCAGAUUCUCGAUCUCACCAGCAAACAUUACAAACUUUUCACUCACCCACUUUACGGAUUCUGACAUUGAGCAAGGAGAUAAAUUUUCGCAAUACAGAGGUUGGGAAGAAAGAGGAAUUCAUCAAAUUAAAGAUCUUUUUAAGAAUGGGAGCAGUGAAGAUGGAGAAAAAGACUGAGUGGAUGAAGUUUCCUCCACUGUAUCAUUAAGCUUUGUGGAGAACAUCUCUGCUUUCUGCCUGAGAGCCAAGGCCUUUUCAACAUGUUUUCCUUUGAAAAGAUGUCCAUGAUGUUGGUGUGCAGUAAAGAUGUGGUUGGUAACUGUGAAUGUUAGAUCAGGAUCAGGACUUGAAGAUGGAUGUUACUACUUUGCAAUGUAAAUGUUUCUUUUUCCUUUUCCUUUUCUUGGAAACAGGUGCAUUUUACAAUUCCUUUUAAAGGGUUUUUCUGUGUUUGCUCACCCUCCACUCCCCAGUACUUGAAGUAUCCUCCAGACAGUUUGCAACAACAUGUAAAACGGCUAUGUUCUGGUUUCGAUAUAGGAUUGUAUCAUACUACUUUUAUAUUUUGUGUAUUAACCUGUAUGGACAUGUAAAAUUGUAUAUACCUGAGCAGCAGGUGGCUGUGUCACUUGAAAUGGUCUGGCUGAGGGCAGUUGUGUAGCAAGCCAUAUUUCAAAGGCUUCACGUGUUGCUUAGCAGCUGAUUCACUACCGGCUAUUGCUCCCAGGUCCCUCCAUGUUGUAUAAAGUCAUCCUUUGCUCCUUGAUUGAUCAACGUUGUUGUUUUGGACCCCUUGAACCAGUUUGCUUUAUCAUUUCCAGUGUCCAUUUCUGCCCAGGGCACUUGUCAGAAUGUACAGAAACUGAGUCUUCCUUUUAAAAAUACACUUUUGCGAACUUUGUGUGUUGUUCAUGUUUCUAAAAGGGGGCAGUUCACUUGGAGAUAGAUUCCCAUUUGCAGUAAAGUGGUUGAUGAAUUGACCAUUUAUUUAGAGUUUACUUAAGCAAUGGUGGUAGUGUUUGAUGUUGUAGGAAUCUCUUUCUAGGGAAGUCUUGAAAGACACUGGAAUCCUGGAUGUUUCUGUACGCAUGCUUGUGUGUGUUCAUAUGAUGAUCUUAGUUAUUGGGUAACUUCUGAUCUCACUCAUCUCAUCUUUAGGAGGAGCUGGCGACAUUUCUCUUGAGACCAUCCAAUAGGCGAUGUGUUGACUCUUGCAGUCACUCUUACUCUUUCCGAAACCAGGCGUCUAAAAAGAAGCAGCUUGGGCGAAGCAGGUUUUGUAGUUCUCAAACAUUUGCAUGCAACACAACAGUCUUCAAAUACAGAUUUGGAUCCUCAGCGCUUCCUGUAGUUGAAGUGUCCUGUAGGUUUCUCCAUGUGGGCUUUGUCAAAAAAUGACUAAUAGUACUUUUAAAGAAUGCUAAAGGGCUAAUAGGUGAUACUUUUUAACAAGGUUUCAAUUUAAUUCUUCUUUUUCAAACAAUUACACCAUGGACAAUAGGUUGGGGCUUUACUACCAUUCCUCCAAACAACACCAUCCAUCCCUCCAUAGGCACUAGCUUUAUUAGUCCUAGAGCUUCCAACGUUUUUAAGAGGCCUUUCCAAAGCACCAUUCUUUUGUUGGAAGGGUCCCCCGGCUGACUUAUAAAUAGGAAGGGAUUGCCAUAGAGUUCUUCAGCCAUGGCAGAGCCAACUUUGGUUGGACAUAUCAUAAGUGCAUGCACACACACACCUUUUAAGAAUGUGUAUAUGUGCACAUGUUACGUAGCUGUAUUACUUUUACCUCAUUUUUAACAUGAAUAUUUGGGUUGUAGUACCAGGUUUGGGUAGAGGAAGAGAUGUUUGUGACACUGUAUCAGACCAAGCUGUCCCACGAAGGCCUCCAUUUGGGGUUUGGCAGAGAACAUUUGUGAAUGGUAUGAAUGCUGGUAGAUUUAAAAUCUUCUCAAAUGAAAAUACAGUGGGCCCUCGCCUUAUGCGGGGAUCCGUCCCGGAUCCCUCCGUGUAAGGCGAAUUCCGCCUAUGCUCAAGCCCCAUUGUAACCAAUGGUGCUCAUGCACAGGGGUGUGGCAGCGCGUGGGGUGCAACGGGUGCGCGCGCCCAUUCAAUUGAAUGGGACGCGCUGCCCCUUCCGCCCCAUGCACGCCCCGCAGCUUGAGCGCGUAUGCUCAAGCUGCGUAUGACGCGGGCACGCUGUAUUGGGGUAGUUUUCAUUGCUCUUACCCUCCAGCUAGAAUCUGGUUCUUAUUAGCCUCAUGGAGAUCUGAAACUGAAACACACAAACCCUACUAGAGAUAGGACUGGAUUGUGAUGCGAACCAAGCAUAUAUUGGCCAUCAUUUCAGUUGCAAAUUUGUCCCUUUCAGUCCUCUCUGGUGGGGACCUCAUGCACAAUUGUCUCAUUGGUAAGAGAGAAUGCCAGUGUCUAUUCUGCUGCGGUGUAAGCCAGGGAUGCUCUCCCAGUGAACAUAAUGAUUGUGGCAUGCAAACACAACUGUUGAAGCUUUUAAAACAUGAGCAUUUUAACACUCCAAGGAUAGGUUUGCUUUAUCUGAGGCAGACAUCCUUUCAUAGGCCCAUGAUCAGGCCAGUAGCUGACUUCUGUUGGAUUAUGUGUUGUUGCUGCUGUUUUUUGCACUAUAGUUACCCAGAUGACAAAUGGAUGUGUUGUGAGGAGCAGUAUGUUUCUGGUUUUUCCAGAGUGAAAAACCUGUGUGUUUUUAACUUAAGGGCAGCAUUUCUUCUGGAGGAAGUCUUAUCCUGGCCAUUGCUGCUGCUUCAGGCAGUUUUCCUCCUCGGCAAAGGGAUGCAUUAUUAGGGGAAGCUUGCACUGGAAGCAUUCUGUUCAUUGUGAAGCUCAUCCAAAUGUCUGUCUUCAUUGUCUUUGGUUGUGCAGCUGGGUUGCAUUUAGGCGAGGGAUAAGGGGUUGCUUGGGAAGGGAACUGGAGUUAGCAGUGAACACUUAACCAUACUUCCUUCUGGCUGGUUUAUGAGUCUUGGAGGCAGGAAUAGCCCUGUCAGUCCAGGGCAGCUGAGCUUUUCCUCAUUCCCCACAAAGAGAGAUUUAGCCGGGAGAGGUAGGGGAGAAUAGGAUAUCGAAAUAAGACCGCUCUGCUGCUAUUCAUAUAGAGAUGCUGCUUAAAAAGAGAUCCAUGGGAUCAGGCUGAAAGACGAACAUACUUAACUCGAGGGAGAGGACUCCAAGUGUAUGGAAGUGCAGCUGCAGUUAAUAGGGCACACUAGAUGUGAUGGGUAGGUGUUACAGUCCUACACAUUUGGAGGGCACUAUAUGGGAAAGGCUGGCCUAGUCCUUGUAGUGGGAAGGGAAGCAAAACGGGGAGCAUUUGAAUUACUAAAUUCAAGUUUCACACGUCAGGGAUAGGGUCAAAGCCACGGUUUCAUUGGAAACGGGCUGAUUUUUAAAAAUGGUUGGGGAAGCAUUAAUGAGAACCGUUGGAGCCUACUUUUUAAUCAGUGUUUUAGAUUGAUUAGUGUGCAAAUGUGUGUGUGUGUGUGUGUGUGAGAGAGAGAGAGAGAGAAAGGGGGAAUGAAUCAAGAAAUUUUUAGAGAGAGAGAGAGAAUGAGAGAGCAGGGAAGACAACAGUUUCUCAUCUAAAAUUUCAUUGGUGGCAAAACAGCUAUUUGUAUUGGAAGAUAACAUUGGAAACGUAUUAGCCUUAUAAGAAAUAGCCUUAAAUGGUGUGUUAAAAUUAACUUAAGCUUUAAGUUGUGUAAAACAAAAUCCGCAAAAUGAUAAAAUCUUCAUGGGGAAAUUGUGGAGGACAUGCAUACAAGAGAGAGCAGAUAUAUAUAUAUAUAUAUAUAUGAGAGAGAAAGUCUUCUAUGCCACCAGCCUGUGUUUCGUUUUUUAUUUUGUUUUAUUUUCCAAAUGAAACUUGAAUGACUUUAAAAAAGGUUCGGUUCCGUUGAAUGGAUUGUCUGAUCUUGCACAGCGGUAGGAGUUAACCUAAUAUGGUAAGUGGUACUGAUUUAUGUGUAUAUACAAUGUAUGCUCUAUCUGUAAAUGAGGAAAUUGAUGUAACAAAAUCGUAGGGGAGCGGUUUUCCUGUCGGAAGUUAAUGCAGGUAUGCAGUUUAUGGCAAUAUGUUAGUUAGUUUGUGAGAUUUCAGGUCGAAUUUGUCUUUAAAUUAUGUAAAUUUGAAAAACUGUAAAAUUUCUACUGUACAUUGAUCAUGCCUAGUGUGAUUCAAGACUGCUUGUAAUUUAAAGAACCUUAUUUAAUACUCAAAAUAAAGGUAUAUAUUUAUAAA